AUGCCAAUUUUAUCCCCAAUUCCCCCUUCCUUCCAGCCAACCGGACAAUAUUCACAAGAGCGUAGUGAUGCGCUACACAAGGCCCAUCCUAGCAGAUUCCUUACGGAUGCGGAGUUAAAUCUAAGGGACGAGUUUCUGUGCAAGCACAACCAGGUGUUUGCCUGGAAUGACUCGGAGCAUGGCCGAUUUUGCAAGGACUUCUUUCCUCCCAUUGAAUACCCA